CUGAGCUCAAUGGUUUCAGAGCUUCAGUCAGUCAGCCAGUCAUUCCUUCUUCCUUCCUUCCUCUCAUUGGCUUUGGAUACACAGAGGAUACUCCCAUUUUUUAUUUAAAAAACUACUUUAAACUUCUUAAAAAGACUCAUUUUCUCCUAUUUUUCUCCUCAAACUGCUUUGGAGGACUUGUAGCUUCUCCAAACCUGAGGAGGAGGUCCUGAGGAGUUCCUGAGAAGGUUUUAAGGAGGUUCUGAGAAAGUUCUGCUCUUCAAAUUCCAGAUUUCCUGCGUUAAAUCUGCAAAACAGGAGGAGAAUAACGGGACCAGGCUCCUAAAAAAGCCAACAUGCCUCGCUCAUUCCUGGUCAAGAAGUACUUCACCAACAAGAAGCCCAACUACAGUGAGCUGGAGAGCCAGAAUGGUCCGCUCUCGGCCUUCAUAACCGACUGUUACCCGCUGGCAGAGCUCCCCACCAAAGUUGACGGCUCUCUAGUGUCCACCUUCACGCCCACCCUGGUCUGGACCACGGGCACCCUGCCCAUCUCCUUCACGCCAGUGUCGCCCACCACCCCUCCCUCCCCCAUCCAGGGACCCCUGGACCUCAGCUCCCCAUCCAGCUCCGGAGAGGAGGACGAGGGCCGCACGUCGGACCCCCCCAGCCCGGACCCCGCCGACCGGUUCGUCUGCGCCCACUGCGGGAAGACCUGCAGCAGCCCCGCCGCCCUGUCCCGCCACCAGCUGACCCACUGCAGUGGCGCGGAGGACGCCGGCCUGAGCCCGGCCGAGAGCGGCGCCUCCAGAGCCGCCUUCCGCUGCAAACACUGCCCUAAAGAGUACAACAGCCUGGGGGCGCUAAAGAUGCACAUCCGCUCCCACACGCUACCCUGCGUCUGCACCACCUGCGGCAAGGCCUUCUCCAGACCCUGGCUCCUGAGGGGCCACAUCCGCACCCACACCGGUGAGCGUCCGUUCUCCUGUCCUCACUGUAACCGGGCCUUCGCCGACCGCUCCAACCUGAGGGCGCACCUGCAGACCCACUCCGAGGUGAAGAAGUACCAGUGCGGCACCUGCUCUCGCACCUUCAGCCGCAUGUCCCUCCUGCACAAACACACCGUCUCCAGCUGCUGCCCGUCGGUCUAGCCCUCCCUCACACACACUUAUACACAUUAAAACACACAUGUAUACGUGCAUACACACACACAAACAUAAUUACAUAGAGGUGCCACCUUUCCAUUGACUUCUAUGGACGCAAGUAUUGGCAAUCUUUAGGGGUCCAAGCACAUGAAGCGCCCGAAAUGACUCAAACGGCUCAAAAUGCCCCAAACGCCCAAAGAAGGACAUGAAGUUGUGUGGGUUUUCUUUUUUCCUUUUUUUUUUUUUUAAUACAUGCAUACACAUCUAUGCACACACACACACAUGCACAUAGUGUGAUGUUUGGUGCCACCUUUCCAUUGACUUCCAUUGACUGAGUUUUGGGAACAAUUUUCUCAGCCAAGGACGCAAGAAUUGGCAAUCUUUAGGGGUCCAAGCAGCUCAAGCGCCCAAAAACGCUCUAAAAACACCCUAAAGAAGAAGCUGAAGGUUCUUUUUUUUUUUGGUUUGUUUGUUCGUUUUAAUACAUUUAUACAUGCAGGAACAGAUUAUGGUGUUUGAUGCCACCCUUCCAUUGACUUUCAUUGACGCCAUGGACGCAAUUGUUUGCAAUCUUUAGGGGUCCAAGCACAUCAAAUGCUCAAAACGCUCUAAACACCCCAAAGAAGAUGCUAAAGGUUCUUUUUUAUGGUUUGUUUAUUGCUUAAAUCGUUGCAUACAUACAGGCACAGAUUAUGGUGUUUGGUGCCACCUUUCCAUUGACUUCCAUUGACUCAGUUUUGGGAACAAUUUUCUCAGCGAAGGAAGAAAGAAUUGGCAAUAUUUAGGGGUCCAAGUAUCUCAAGCAUCCAAAACGCUCCAAAAACACCCUAAAGAAGAUGCUCAAGGUUUUUUUUUUGGUCUGUUUGUUUGUUUUAAUACAUUCAUAUGUACAGGCACAGAUCAUGGUGUUUGGUGCCAUCUUUCCAUUGACUUCCAUUGACUCAGUUUUGGGAACAAUUUUCUCAGCGAAGGAAGAAAGAAUUGGCAAUAUUUAGGGGUCCAAGCACCUCAAGCGCCCAAAACGCUUUAAAAACACCCUAAAGGAGAAGCUCAAGGUUCUUUUUUUUUUUUUUGGUUUGUUUGCUUUAAUACAUGCAUACGUACAUGCACAAAUCAUGGUGUUUGGUGCUACCGUUCCAUUGACUUCCAUUGACUGAGUUUGGGAACGUUUCUACGCAAGAACGUUUCUACGCAAGAACGUUUCUACGCAAGAAUUGGCAAUAUUUUGGGGUCCAAGCACCACAAAUGCCCUCAGAACGAAUGCUGAAGUUGUGUUGUGUUGUGUUUUUGAAGUCCAUUUUGCAAGUUCACUCCAAGUGCCUUCCUUUUUUUUUCUAAAACCUUCCUACAGUAUGUGCACUGCAAAGUGUGUGUGUGUACAGUAUAUAUACAGCCAUAUAUUUUGCUUUCCAUCCUGGACUUUUAUAAAGAGGCAGUGUGUAUCGCAGAUCGGACAGCGAAGAAUGUUUUUCUAACCCAGUUUGGUGCCUGCUCGACUUUUGCAGGGGUGUCUCUCUCUCUUUUUUCCCAUCCAGUUGGGCCUUUUGCUCAUUCCCAAGAUGCCCAUUGGUGCCGGCUGGUCCGGCCCUCACACGGGCAGCUGCUGGAGAGUGUGUGUUAGUGUGUGUUAUAGUGUGUGUGAGUGCAGCAAAGUGUGAGGGCGGGGGUGGGUCAUCUCUCACCACGUCUCCCCCCCCCCCCCACACACACACACACACACACACACAUGCAUACACACUUUGCAGCGACGUAUUGAGACAGCUGCCUGAGCACCGGGCCUGUGGACAGAUACCUCGGCCACUGAAGCCUUUUCCACACUUCCCUGUUUCACUAAAACACCAGCAACGGCAAUCUGAUACCUGUCCUCGGAUCUGUCACACA